GAAUAAACAUGAACUGCAUCGGUCGACAAGCCUUGACAUGAGAUCUGUAAGCUUAGUAAAGGCAAAUAUGGCUUUCUUUGUUGAACGACCGCCGCAUGUUUAUUUAGCAGAUAUGUGCAUCUUUGUUGAAUCGCUGCGGAUUAUACAGAAACGAUCGCUGCCACGGAAUAAUAUUCGGGGAUAGACUAGAAAGAGUUAUUCAAAAUUCUUAUUGUGAUUUUGUGGAUAGUACGUGACUGAUUGAAGGCCAUCUUCUCAAAGAUCUUUCAAUGAAUUUUGGAUCUAUUUAGCGAUUUCUAUCGCGUUUAAAGACUGGAUAGCUUUUAUAUCUCGGAGAUGACUAUUAAAUAGAUAAACAUAUACUUAAGUGCUUUAAUUAAUUGUGUGCAAAUUGGGAUCAAAUGAUUGAUAAAAUUGUGUCACAUUUUAUAAAAAAAACUAACAGGGUCAAGAGAUACGUUUAAGUUCUUCGUCGUGCCAUGUCACGUGUCGUUCCACAUUUUACAAAAAAGCGCAGAGGAGAUAAGAUUGUCGAGGACCCACAACACGACAUUCCAGUCCGUAUUUUAUAACGACCAGGUGAGAUAACGCAGACGAUAUAUCAGAGUUUAUCAGGAAUGACGUCAUAGAUAAUGGAUUAGAGAUUAUGUCAUUGAAUGAAGAUAGGACAACUUGACUUCUUGACAUAAACUGGCUGUUAUUUUCCGUCCUGGACUAUAUUAGGCGUGUUUGCGUGGCACUGUCUUAUAGCAGGGUCAAAAAGGCCGUGACGUCACAAGCAGACGAGAGGGUUGCGUAUAAAACGCGCACCGUGCCACUCUUGAGGCAUGUCGAGUAGUCGAGAAACUCUUCAUUUCUCCGAUAUCAACGAAAGUAGCACAACAAUGGCGUCGAGUUCAAGGUCACGGGGAGGUGUCCAUAUUUCGGUGCCGAUGGGGUUCGUCUUGACACUCCUAGCAGUCCUUUUAGCAGUUGGAGUAGGGAUAAUCGUGCACUUUGCGGGCCCCAACCGACAGAUCGUCUGCAGUUGCGAGUACCCCAAGGAAAAUGGCGGAACGGCCGGAUCUGCGGAUGCGCAAUGGGAGGCCUGCAAACAGAUGGCGAUCGACAAGGGAGAAGCCCUACCGUGCCACUCCACCGCUGCCCCAGGUACACAAACAACGGCAGCAACAACAGGCAAACCUAAGGUUACCGACAUCCGGUUACCUGAUACUCUAGUUCCGGUGCACUAUGACCUUGAACUCACACCCGAUAUCUACGGCACUGACCCGAAAACUUUCCGCUUCCAAGGGAAAGUUAAAAUCAUCAUGACUUGCAAAAAACCAACUGACGUCGUCAAACUACAUAUAAACAAAUUAGACAUUGUUGACAAUUCUAUCAAAUUCGUCAGCGAAAGCGGAGGUGCUGCCCCUGGCUACAAAAGCUGGAGUCACGACAAGGAUCGGCAGUUCUUCGUCGGCCAGCUAGAUGGCGCCAUGACAGCAGGACAGAAUUACUCCAUUGAGAUGGAGUUCUCGGGACCUUUGACCAAUGACCUGGCUGGAUUGUACAGGAGCGAAUACAAACGGGGAAACGGCAGCGUCACCAUAGCAACGACACAAUUCCAGCCCACCGAUGCCAGGAAGGCGUUUCCGUGUUUCGACGAGCCGGCCCUCAAGGCCCAAUUUACCACAACGCUGGUACGGAAGCCUCCAUAUGUCUCCCUGUCAAACAUGCCAAUAGUUCGAAACGAAACAAGGCCCAAUGGCUGGGUAGCAGACGUUUACGAAGUCACCCCAGUCAUGUCGACAUACCUUUUGGCUUUUGUCAUCUGCGAUUUUCAGUACAAGGAAAACACGACCCUAAGAGGAACGAAGUUCCGCGUCUGGGCACGACCGGCGGCCAUCGACCAAGUGGACUACGCACUCAGCAUUGGCGGAAGGAUAUUGGAGUACUUCGAGGACUACUUUAACAUUCCCUUCCCACUACCAAAGACCGACAUGAUCGCCAUACCCGAUUUUGCGGCCGGUGCCAUGGAGAACUGGGGUUUGAUUACCUACCGUGAGACGGCGCUGCUGUACGAUCCUAUGGUCUCCUCCAGCAGUAACAAACAGCGCGUAGCCGUGGUCGUAGCCCAUGAGUUGGCCCAUCAGUGGUUUGGAAACCUCGUCACCCCGGACUGGUGGGACGACCUCUGGCUGAAUGAAGGCUUUGCCAGCUACGUCGAGUACCUGGGAGUGGAUGUAGUCGAGCCAGACAUGCGCAUGAUGGAUCAGUUCCUCUUGGAGGACCUCCAAGACGUCAUGGGUACAGAUAGUUUGGGCAGCUCCCACCCCAUCUACGUGCCAGUCCAGCAUCCGGAUGAGAUUAACGAGAUAUUUGACAGGAUUUCGUAUGCAAAGGGAGCAUCCGUUAUCCGUAUGAUGAACUUCUUCCUCGGCGAAUCAACUUUCAAGAAAGGUGUCACUAACUAUCUGAACGCGAAUAAAUACGCGAAUGCCUUCCAUUUGGAGCUCUUCGACUCUCUCACGCAGGCGGCGCUGGCAGAUAACGUCAACGUCAACGUCACCAAGGUCAUGAAUACUUGGAUACUCCAGAUGGGCUUCCCGGUCAUCACGGUUACCAGAGACUACGUCACAGGGACCGCCCAAGCCACCCAGAAACACUUCCUCGUCGACCCCUCACAGCCCCCAGAUGGCAAAUAUCCAUCACCGUAUAACUACAAGUGGGAAGUGCCAUUCACCAUGACAACCAACACAACUGCUCCAAAAUGGCAGCAAACAUUCUCUGACGUCAUCUGGAUGCCGCAAACUGACAAAUCCCUGACCAGUGCCAACGGCGUGCCAGCGGCCGCGAAUGACUGGAUCGUAGGUAAUGUGAUGGAGUAUGGAUUCUACAGAGUUAAUUAUGACAAAGAAAAUUGGAACCUCAUUGCCCAGCAGCUUCAAGCGGACCUGACAGCUAUUCACGUGCGUAACCGCGCCCAGAUCGUCGACGACUCCUUCAACCUCGCCAGAGCGGGAACCAUUGACAUCACGGACGCGCUGACACUAUCCCAGUACAUGACGGAUGAGCGAGAGCUGUUGCCAUGGGACGCGUAUAGCGGUAACCUUGGUUACAUCGACUCCAUGUUGGAGAAGACCGCCGUCUAUGGAGAUUUCCAGGGAUACAUGGUUCAGCAGGUGAUUCCACUCUAUAACUCUUUAGGAUGGAACAUGCCGGCCUCAGACCCUCAUAUUACAAAACGACUACGUUACCUAGCCAUCGCCCGAGCAUGCAAAUAUGGUCAUGGACCUUGCCUGACUGAGGCCUCAAAACAAUUCGAGGAAUACAAGAAAACCCCGGCAACAAAUAACAUUGCCGUGGAUCUCAAAACCGUUGUCUACUGCUACGGCAUUAAGAUGGGAGGUGUAGCAGAAUGGGAUUUCGCCUACAACCUCUACAAGGACUCGAACGUGGCUACAGAGAAGGCGAAAUUGCUCUCGGCCUUGAGCUGUUCGAAGGAACCAUGGAUACUGAACAGAUAUCUCAACCGCUCAUUGGACGAGAAUGAGAUUCGUAAACAGGACGCUGUGACCGUGAUCAACUAUGUGGCGCGUAAUACCAUCGGCGAGCCACUGGCCUGGGAUUUCAUCCGCGCCAGAUGGGACAUGAUUAUGGACAGAUUCGGUGGCGGGAGUUUUUUACUUCCGGAUCUAACAUCCUCGGUGACAGCUUCAUUUAGCACGGUAUUCCAAAAGCGUCAGUUGCACGAGUUCAAAAUCGCCCACCCCGACCUCGGGUCAGGAACGAGAGCCUUUGAACAGGCCAUCGAAAAAACGACAGCCAAUUACAAAUGGGUGGCAGCGAAUGAGAAGAAGAUUGGCGAUUGGCUAGCAAAUGCGCUCAAACCUUAAAUGGUUUCUAGAUCAGGACACGGCCCACAGGGGCGCUUUUGUAGUUUGUUUGCUUUUCGCUAGGUGGCGUGUGUUCUGAGAAUUCUCGGCAUUGAAACGUACUGCAGGGCGUCGAACGGGUGAUAUUCUGUUCGCUACCAAUGGAGUUAGUAAUCAGAUGCGCGCAGUAUUUUAACUUUGGCUAGAAUUAGAACUCGUUGGUAGUUCUAUUUAGUGUGCCCAGAUGGCGCAAGGGGAGGGAGUGCUGAUCGCGAUGACUCUGAUGCCACUGAUCUGAUCAUCUGGUUUCAAAAUCAUUAUAAUAUAAGAUUUCGAGCUUCAUUCCUGAGACUUGUCAUAACAUGUUCGGACGUGGUAAUGGGUGUUCCGCAGCCUGUUGCAAAACGCCUACAAGAACGCCUAUGUUCGUAGGCCUUGGCCUUGAAAGGUAGUUUUCGCAAAGCCCCCAAAACGUCCACGUGAACGCUUAACCCAGUGUUCAACUCGUUACCAGCAGGGAGGUGCGCUGCUGGUGUUAUUAUUUCUAUAUUAGGGAGUUUCCGCAAUCCCAAAACGCCAACGUGGACUUCUAUCGCAUUGUUCUGCCUCCUGAUAACGAAGUCGAGCAAUGGGAUAGCCGUUCACGUUGAUGUUGCGGGUCCUUCGCGAAAACUCCCCUCUGCAGAACCACCCAACAUAACUUUACCGAGAAAUCAUCGGCUGUAAAUCAUUACGUGCGUACACGUCAUUGGUACACAUAAAAUCAUGACGUAGCCGUUCGUAUAGGCGUUUCGCGUAGGUGCGAAAACACCCUGAUACAUUUCGAAUUGUUUGUGUUUUUGACUGAGGUCAAAAUAGUUUACACCAGAAGUAGCUGUUCUAUUAUUUCUUGUAAUUACUCGUGAAUCACUCUAUCAGUCAGAAAUUAAUACUGUUGGUAGCUAUAAUUGGAUCAAUUAUGUAAUGUAGAGACGUUGAGGAAUCUGCACGUGUGCGAUUACGUUGCGGGAUAUUUCCGCUGCAGUUACGACAAUUGAGUAUAAAUCCCUGUUGGUGGCGCGCCGAUUAAUUUACCAUUCAAGACAUUUACAUUGUAACGACAACGCCAACAUUUGGUAUGUUGACUUUGUGUACUAGCUUUACUACGUCAUCAUUGACUACUGUUACGCAGCAGACACUUGUUGGCCAAGAUGACAUUUGAUGACGUCGUGUCGUCUGCUGUUUAUUUCAAAUGACGUCACAUGAUGUCAGGUACGUUGUUGUUGCCGUCGUCGUUUCACCGAGUCGGUUGUUUUUGUUGUUUAAAAAUCUACCUCCUAAUGGGCUUUGUAUAGCACAUGGCAGUCUGUGCCCUCUAGCGGAUUCGAUUGUCAACAUCCUCUUGGGGUAUUUUGCAACGUAAAACACGCACUCGUAAGAUUUCGCAAGCUCUCUAGAAAUAUUACAGUAUUAUUGUAAAUACAUUAUAUAUAUACGUGUUAUCACUAAUCAGAACUGUAAAGUUUUUCAGGAGAUGUUUAUAACUGAUUAAAUAGAUUUUUAUACAGA